CAGUGACAACUGAUCGCUUACAUAUUUUUUGGUUCAGUUCCUAAAAUUAAUUUAUAAAAGAAAAUAUGUUCGAACAUACUGUGUUUAUAAUAACUUUAGUUGUUUUACAAUCCUCUGUUAGCUAUUCCAGAGUAGCACCUGAUUACAUAAGCCCAUGCGUGGGAUUAAAGUCCGUUUGUCUGAAGAAGAACAUUCAAGAAACGAUUCCGAGAUUUGUUAAAGGCAUCCCGAGUCUUGCUGUUAACGCCACUGAUCCUCUUACCUACGAUUAUGUCAAUGUAGAACUGCCCGGUGGUUUAAAAAUUGAGUUCAAGGAUGGUGUAUUAAAGGGCCUUCGAAACUGCGUAGUCAAUGAUGUCAAAUUCCAAAACAAUGAUGCCGAUGUAGAGUUAACUUGUAAUGUUACAAUUAAAGGCAAAUACAAGGCUCAAGGACAAAUACUUAUUAUCGCAAUUAAUGGAGACGGGGACGCUAAAUUAAAAAUAACUGACUUGAAUCUUAAAAUAAAGCUUAAGUUUAUCGACAAUAUUCGAGAUGGAGUAACAUAUUAUGAUGUUAAAGAUUACAUAGUAUCUUAUAAUAUUAAAGGAAAAGUACAUUUCGCCCUCACAAAUCUCUUCAAAGGGAACCCUGAACUAAGUCAAACAGUGUUGACGUUCCUAAACGAAAAUUGGAAAGUUGUAGAUGCUGAAUUUGGAAAACCAUUAGUCGAUAUUGUCAUCGGUAUUGCGUUCAAAAAUGUACAGAGCUUCUUCAGUAAAAUACCAAAAGACGAACUUGUAGUAUUAUAAAUGAAAUAUUAUAUUGAAAAUUUAACAUAAUUUAAUUAUAAACUAAAAGUAAAUGUAGUUACUACAGUUUUCCUAUUAAUUGCGACAGCAAACAUUUUGUUAAUCGAUAAUGUUUUCAAAACUUUCGGCGAACGAAAUUCAAUCCUAAAGUGGAGUCUUUGAAGUCUUAAUUAUAAAUAUGAUUGUUUUAAAACACUGUUGUACUUUUCGUUAAUUAAUUGUAGUUGUUAGGUAUAAUAUUUAAAUAAAUGAUUUAC